GUACAGGUAAGUUUUUACUAACCUAAUGGUGAAGAGUUCAUAGUUCCCAUGUUUCCUGAACGCAACACACGUUAUGUGGUGUUUUCUGAUUGGAUGUUUUACAGGAAGCGAGAAGGCUCUCCAUGCUUUGCGAUUAUACCAGAUAUCCACUCAGAUGGACAGUACAGUAUUUUCUAUCGAGCUGAGUUAAACUGAGGUUCAGUGGAUACAGUUUUGAAUGGAAACUAUCACGUUUUUAUUCCUCGCGUGCUCUCAGGUAGCUCUGACGUGUGUCCUCGUGUUACUGAAGGCAGAGCAGCUGUCAGCUGACGGAGGCGGCUGGUCAUUAAACUCAGAUUACAGAUUAAACGAUGAAGGUCCUUGUAACAUCGACGUGUUGGACGGCUCUUCAAUCUCACAUCGGGAGUUCAUCGAAAGAUACGCGUACAGCAGACCGGUCAUCCUCAGAGGUCUGACUGAUAACUCGAAAUUCAGGUUUUUGUGCUCCAAGUCAAGUUUACUGGAAGAAUAUGGCGACCGGAGAGUUCGGCUCAGUACAGCGAACACUUACUCCUACAGGAAAGUGGACGUCCCUUUCAGAGAGUAUGUGGAGAUGCUACUGAGGCCUCAGUCUGUCGACGCUCUCGGCAGCGACACGCUGUAUUUUUUUGGAGACAACAACUUCACCGAGUGGCAGAGUCUGUUCGAGCACUAUGAGUCCCCGCCGUACGUGCUGCCGCGCACCAGCGGAGCGUACAGCUUCGGGAUCGCAGGCCCUGGAACAGGAGUUCCCUUUCACUGGCACGGCCCGGGUUACUCUGAGGUCAUCUAUGGCAGGAAGCGCUGGUUCCUCUACCCGCCUGAUAUGGAGCCUCAUUUCCACCCGAACCGCACCACCCUGUCCUGGGUGACGGAGACCUACCCCAACCUGCCGGAGGACGAGGCUCCGCUGGAGUGCACCAUCCGACCCGGAGAGGUGCUGUAUUUCCCGGACCGCUGGUGGCACGCCACUCUCAACCUGGACACCAGCGUUUUUAUCUCCACCUUCCUGGGCUGAGCUUCCUGUUCAGCCGCUCUGCUUUUCAUCACAGACUUCGUCUUCCAGAGCAGGCUGACGGCGGGAAAAAACAGACUCAAAUACGGAUUGAAUUUGAUAUUUCAGCAGGACGAUUGUUUUAAUUAAGAGUCGGAUGAUAUUUUAAUCUGAAGUGAUGCAGAUAUUUAAUUCCAGCACAGUUACAUUCCAGGUGAACAGUUUGGAAACAGUCCUUAUUUUUCUGUCUUUAAUGAAACCAUGCUUUCUAAUAAUAAUAAUAAUAAUUAUAAUUCUAUGUUAUUAAAGACCAAAGCAGGAAAAAGAGACGAACCAGAUGUUGCAGAUCAGAGGAAAACAUGUUUUAAUUAUGUGUAACUUAAUUUAUAAAUGAGAUGUGAAGAUCAUUUUCAGAUGGAAAUAUAUUGGUGUUGUGUCAUCAUAUCAUCAUUAAGUGAUGAAGAACAAAACAUCUGCUCCAGUCAGUGUUGUGUCAGCAAUAUGGACGCCUGCUAUUAAAAUGUUUUUGCAGAUAACAGA